AUGGAGUACCUCCAAGUUCCCUUCCUGGUGGUGUGUGCCGUGGUCUUCCUCGCCGGGGUGGCAUUGAAUGGCUACAUCCUCUUUGUCGCUGGCUGCCGUGUGCAGAGGACGGCCAGCGCUGUGUGGUUCUGGAGCCGGGCCAUGACCGAUUUAAUCUUCAUCAUCUUCCUACCCCUCAGAUUCACCUCCUUCUUCAUCCUGGACUUAAAUUGGGCCAAUAUGCUGAGCAGCACUGUCACCUCCUUCCACAUGUUCUCCAGUGCUUUCCUUCUCAGCACCCUCAGUGUCGAGCGCUGCAUCCUCGUGGCGCGCCCUGAAUGGACCCGGAACCACCGCACACCCCGCUUGGCUUUCAUUAUGGUUUUGGGCUUGGGGGCCAUGUCUAUUGGGUUCAGCUUGCGGUACGGUGAUCUCUGGGAAUCCCUCCUCCGACCUGCCAGCACCAGCAUGAAUUUCCAAGUGUAUGAAGGGAAGGUGAAGGCCGCCGUUGUGAUCCAGUUCCUGGUCUGGUUUCUGAUCCCAUUAGCCUUGAUCUUGACCCCAACCUUCAACAUCGUUCUAGCUUCCAGGCUGAGAAGGAACAGACUGAUCCAAUCCACCAAGACACUCAAGAUCCUUCUUGGCUUGACCCCAACCUUUUUCCUCUGCUGGCUGCCGUAUCACGUCUUCUUCUUCUUCUUGAUGUCAAAGUACCCUCUGUUUCUUUUGAACACAGGAAGGGCUUCUGCUUAUGUCCUGACAUAUUUAAGCACCUGCCUCAACCCCAUAUUCUAUCUCACCAUGCAGGAAGAGUUUCUGAUGUACCGGCAACGAAUACGCAACUCCCAAACCACCGACAACUCAGGGCCAGAGCCGGCUGAAUAG